GUCCAAACAACACACAUGUUUUCAUUUUGAAAAUCACAGACACAUCCUCGAGAGAUCAAAAAAUUCCAAUUCCCCCCCAUAAAUCUCCAAAAACUUUUCAUAUUCCUCUCCGUUCCCGCCACCCCUGCAUCGGAGAGGGAAAAUUGUUUUCAUACAAAUUUUCACGACCUGAGGCGCUCUUAUAAACUCACCAGAAUCUAGGGCUUUUGUUCAAAUCGAGUCAUUCAUUCAUUCAUUCCUCACCAGUACUAUCUUCAACAUGGAACCGGAACAGACCGAGCAACCUAGAGGAGGCGGUAACACUGGCGUGGGGAUUCGAGUCGUUGGAAGCAGAAUCUAUGAUCCUGCAAAUGGAAAAUCUUGCCACCAAUGCCGGCAAAAAACAAGGGAUUUUACUGCUUCGUGUAAGAAUACGAGAAAUGGCAAGCCUUGCGUGAUCAAAUUUUGUCAUACCUGCCUUUUGAACAGAUAUGGAGAGGAUGCACAACAGGUAGAAUUGUUGGAUGACUGGAGUUGCCCUAAGUGCCAAGGAAAAUGCAACUGUAGCUUGUGCAGGAAAAAACAAGGUCAGCAGCCUACCGGUAACUUAGCGCGUGAAGCCAAGGCUUUUGGUUUUAGGUCAGUAUCAGAAUAUCUGGGCGCUCGGGCUGCCGCAAAUUUGGACACAAACACAAGCAAUGAGGCUGCUGUUUUGCCUCCAAAGGAGGAGGCUGCAGUGUCUCUACCAGCGGAACCUGGGAAGGAAAACUCUCAGAAAGUUGAGAAGACAUACCCCAAGAAAACUAAGAAAACCAAGCGAGAAGGGUUAAAAGAGAUAUCUAAUGACACCAGUGCUGAUGAUGCUUGCCAAAACCAGGACCUGAAAAGGCCUAAAAUUUGUAGUGAAGUUCCAGAGAAGGAAACAAAAAGAAGUAUGAAGGAUCACAGCUUAGUUCGCAAGGAAGUCUCUGUAAACAAUGGUUAUGUCAUCAAUCCUCAUGAAAAAGUUCAGGUGGAAAUUCCUUUGCUGCCUGGCACUCAAGUAAAAGAGAUAUUGGGCAUUGAGUUCCCACAUGAGGAUGUUGGUAAUGCAUUGCAAUUUUUGGAGUUCUGUAGAGUGUUUGGAAAGGCUCUUGACAUGAAGAAAGGGGAAGCUGAGGCUAUUUUGCGAGAGCUAAUUCGCAAACGAAAUUUGCGCAGAGGAGAGAACACCGUAGCUGUUCAAUUCCAAAUUAGACUUUUGAUCCUGAUACUCAUUGAUUCAGGACACAAGUCUCCAUCCUUAACCACAACAGAUGGGAAAAAUUCAUGGUUGAAAGCGCUGGGGGAUUUAGCUUCACAAUCUGCUCUUGUGCUUAAAGAUUUCCCCUUAGAAAUGCUUAAUGAAGGGUACGGCAACUUGAGUUUGUCUCACAAGCUUAGCCUCCUGAAUUUCAUUUGUGAUGAAGUUCUAUGCACAGAGAAAGUGAGGGGUUACAUUGAAGAUGAAAAUUCAAAAAUUGCUCAGGUCAAGAAAGAAGCCAAAGUUCAAGUUGAGGCUGCGAAGGAGAAGGAAAAAAGCUUGAAACAAAAGUUGCAGGAAGAGAUAGCCAAAACAGUUCAAUCAAAUGGGGAUCCUGUGUCAUUUUCAAAGAAAGAUGCUCUUUUGCUGAAGUUAAGAACUGCAAUAGCUCAAGCUCACAGUGAGAUGCUUGAGGCUAAGGGAAAGACUCCUAAAAUGAAAGGUUCUGAUGCUGUGAGAACUGAGCCUGAGUUUGUGGAUGGCAAUGGUCAGGCAUUUUGGAAAUUACGGAGUUAUGAUGGAGAAGAUGCUGUUUUGCUGCAAGAUAUCAAAAUACAAGAUGAGGAUGGUACUGCAAUUGAAGAAAGAUGGUUUGUUUAUGGUCCUGAGAAGAAGCAUGAGAUAUAUAAGUACAUUUCCUCAAGGUUGGAUAAAGGACACUCAAAAGCUCGUGUUUACUCAUCAGAAGUUGAAAUUAUUCGUCCCCUUGUUUUUGCUGAAGGUAUUUGCUGAUUUAUGUAUCCUACCUCUUUCCAGGAUGGAAAAAUGAAAACUGAGGUCAAGCUCACAGGAAUGCAACCAACUGAAACUUUAAAAUAUUACAGUAAUUUGAUCUUGGACUAAAUGUGCCUACCUCCAAAAUGAUUAAUCUUAAUAUACUAUGAGUAGAUAAGCCCUUUUUGUAAUGUUGAUGGUUUAUCAUAUAUACACCAUUAGCUUUUUAGAUAAUGAAGCACUCAGUCAUUGUACCAUGUUGUACAACUGUUGCCAACUGAAAUUUUCAUUUCAUCCA